AACAGCGCGCUUUCAAAUGUCAAUUAAACGUCAACGUCCCUACUAAUAAAAAUAAAUAAUAAUAAUUCGUAUUCCUAAUCGUUCUUCAAAUAAUAAUAAAAAAUACGUGUUUAUAACUAUUGGUUUUUGUAGUUCGCCACCAGCUACUAAAAACAUAACCCCUGUUAAACAUGUUUUCGCGAGCUUUGCAUCUCAAUCUUAGAACCGCAUUCUUUCAUAACCACCCAAAUCUGAACCAGUUAUCCGCAGCCAGUGCAAUAAAAACGCCCCUAACGCUACAGCAAACCUCACACAGUAAAGACCAGAAGCGCCACUACAAGAAUUUCGGCCACAAACCCGACAAGGUUGCCCUUUUUACGAAGAUCUGGUACAGUGCGAUUUUCGCAGGGCUCCUAUUCUCAGUUGUUGACUACAGAUGGCUGAGGCGCACUUUUUUCCCCGUCGUGAAAGCCGAGAGCGAGAAAAUAGGUGAACUCCCUGAAGUCGAAGGCUCAGAGGAAGGGUCUGAGGAUGAAAGCAAGAAGAAGAAACAUCGCAAGGAGAAAAUCGGAUUCCGGGACCGCAAAAUAAUUGAGUAUGAGAACCGCAUUCGGCACUAUUCUACUCCUGACAAGGUUUUCCGUUAUUUUGCGACGCUGCAGGUGCAGGGGCCUACGGUCGAUCAGCAUGAGAUUUUUAUGACGCCGGAUGACUUUUUGCGGUCUAUGACGCCGGGGCUCAAGCAGCCGGAUGGUUUGGGUCUAGACCAGUUCAGACGCUACGAUCCCAGAACUGUCCAGCAAAAGUUAGAACUCACUUUAGACGAAGACAGCAUUUUCUAUAAGUUGGGAAGCGCAGGUCUUAUCACGUUUUCCGAUUACAUUUUUCUUCUCACCGUUCUGUCAACUUCAAGGCGCCACUUCGAAAUUGCCUUUCGCAUGUUCGAUCUGAACGGAGACGGCGACGUGGACUGCGAAGAGUUCGAAAAAGUCGCUACUUUGAUAAGACAGCAGACGAGCAUCGGGUCGAGGCACAGAGAUCACGCAAACACUGGAAAUACGUUCAAAGGUGUGAACACCGCCCUCACGACUUACUUCUUCGGGCCAAACCUGAAAGGCAAACUCACCAUUGAAAAGUUCCUAGACUUCCAAGAAAAGCUCCAAAAGGAAAUUUUGAGUUUGGAGUUUCGCAGAAAACAUCCAGACGACAACGGUAACAUAAGUGAGGCUGAUUUCACCGAGCUUCUCCUUGCCUAUGCCGGGUAUCCACAAAAAAAGAAGGCCAGGAUGUUAAAACGGGUGAAAAAGACUUUCAGGGAUCACGGCCAAGGCAUUUCCAAAGAAGACUAUUUAAACUUUUUCCACUUCUUGAACAAUAUCAACGAUGUUGAUACCGCGUUGACGUUUUACCAUAUAGCUGGAGCCUCCAUCGAUCAAGCCACGCUUAAACACGUUGCCAAAACUGUCGCCCAUGUUGAUCUCAGUGAUCACGUUAUCCACGUAGUGUUUACGAUUUUUGAUGAGAAUUUGGAUGGACAACUGAGUAACAAGGAGUUCAUCGCUGUUAUGAAGAAUCGGUUGCUAAGAGGUCUGGAGAAACCGAAGGACACGGGUUUUAUUAAAUUCAUGCAUUCGGUGAUCAAAUGUGCCAAGGAGACAAAGCCUGCUUUAUUAGAUAUUUAAAUUAAUUUAUUGAGUUGUGUUCAAAAUGUUCAAUAGGGAUUGUUUACAAGUACUGAUGUUAUGCGAAUAAAUAAAUUGUUCCGUUUUA